AUGUCGCACGGGCAAGAACAUAUUAACCUCGAGACACCCCCUAAAUGCACUGCCGACUUUUGCCUCAUCCCGCUCGGCACUCCCACGGCGUCGGUUUCGGCAGAAAUCGCAGAGGUCCAGCGCUUGAUGAAGAGGAGCGGAUUGAAGUACAGCAUGCACUCGGCUGGCACAACCGUUGAAGGAUCAUGGGACGAUGUCAUGCGGUUGAUUGGACAGGCGCACACUCUUCUGCACCAGAAAGGCAUAGUGCGCAUUCAGAGCGAUAUUCGCGUAGGAUCUCGUACGGACAAAGCACAGACGAUGGAGGAUAAAGUCGCGGCGGUGGAGAAAUUGCUUGCUGCGGACAAGGCGUGA